CUGCGAGUAGUGACCGGGCGCCUCAAACGCGUCUCACUCGGGCUCCCGCGCUGUCGCUCGCUCACCUGCGCCCACUGUCGCCCCUCGGUGCGCGCGGGGUCCCCCCGACGCCCAGUACCCAGUCCCACGCCGCGACCCGCUGCUCGCCAGCGCACCCCGAGAGCCACCAUGAACUCGCUCUUUAAGAAGAGAAACAAAGGCAAAUACAGCCCCACGGUGCAGACCCGGAGCAUCUCCAACAAGGAGCUGUCAGAGCUGAUCGAUCAGCUGCAGAAGAAUGCCGACCAGGUGGAGAAGAACAUCGUGAACACGGAGGCCAAGAUGCAGAGCGAUCUGGCCCGGCUGCAGGAGGGCCGGCAGCCUGAGCACCGGGAUGUGACCCUGCAGAAAGUAUCGGACUCGGAGAAGCUGCUGUACGUGCUGGAGGCGGAUGCGGCCAUCGCCAAGCACAUGAAGCAUCCCCAGGGGGACAUGAUCGCCGAGGACAUCCGUCAGCUGAAGGAGCGUGUGACUAACCUCCGUGGGAAACACAAGCAGAUCUACAACCUGUCGGUGAAGGAGGUGGACCCACAGGUCAACUGGGCGGCGCUGGUGGAAGAAAAGCUGGACCAGCUGAGCAGCCAGAGCUUCGGGACAGACCUGCCGCUGGUGGACCACCAGGUGGAACAGCACAACAUCUUCCACAAUGAGGUCAAGGCCAUCGGGCCCCACCUGACCAAGGACGGGGGCAAGGAGCAGAACAGCGAACUUCAGGCCAAGUACCAGAAACUGCUGACAGCAUCGCAGGCGCGGCAGCAGCACCUAAGCUCGCUGCAGGACUACAUGCAGCGGUGCACCAACGAGCUGUACUGGCUGGACCAGCAGGCCAAGGGCCGCAUGCAGUACGACUGGAGUGACCGCAACCUCGACUACCCCAGCCGCCGGCGCCAGUACGAGAAUUUCAUCAACCGGAACCUGGAGGUCAAAGAGGAGAGGAUCAAUAAGCUGCACAACGAGGGAGACCAGAUGUUGGCCGCUGAGCACCCUGGGAGAAACUCCAUUGAGGCUCACAUGGAAGCUGUGCAUGCAGAUUGGAAGGAGUAUCUGAACCUGCUCAUCUGCGAGGAGAGCCACCUGAAGUACAUGGAAGAUUACCACCAGUUCCACAAAGACGUGAAGGAUGCUCAGGAGCUGCUACGCAAGGUGGAUUCAGACCUGAACCAGAAAUACAGCCCUGACUUCAAGGACCAAUACCAGAUUGAGUUGCUGCUGCGGGAGCUGGAUGACCAGGAGAAGGCUCUGGACAAGUACGAGCACGUGGUGCAGAGUCUGCAGAAGCGAGGGCAGCAGGUGGUGCCCCUCAAGUACCGCCGGGAGACACCACUCAAGCCCAUCCCCGUGGAGGCACUCUGUGACUUUGAGGGUGACCAGGGCCUGAUCUCAAGGGGCUACAGCUACACCCUGCAGAAGAACAAUGGGGAGACCUGGGACCUCACUGACAGCACGGGGAACAAGCUGACUGCCCCAGCCGUCUGCUUCAUGAUCCCGCCUACUGACCCCGAGGCCCUGGCUCUGGCUGACAGCCUGAGCAGCCAGUACCGCAGCGUGCGGCAGAAGGCAGCUGGGACCAGGAGUGCACUCCAGCAGCGGCACGAGGUGUUGAAGGCAGAGAACCCUGGAGAUGCCUCUGAUCUGCAGGGGCGGCAGCUGCUGGCCAGCUUGGACAAGGUGGCCAGCGACUUAGACCGGCAGGAGAAGGCCAUCACAGGGAUCCUGCGGCCACCGCUGGAACAAGGCCGGGCUGUGCAGGACAGUGCCGAGCGGGCCAAAGACCUUAAGAACAUCACCAAUGAGCUGCUGCGGAUUGAGCCUGAGAAGGCACGCAGCACCGCCGAGUGUGAGGCCUUCGUGCAGGCCCUUCCAGGCAGUGGCAGUGCACCCUUGCUAAGGACCCGGGUGGAGGACACCAACCGCAGAUACGAGCGCCUGGUGCAGCUGCUGGACUCGGCCCAGGAAAAGGUCAACAUUGCCAACCGCUUGGAGAAGAGUCUGCAGCAGGGCUGGGAGGUGCUAGCCACAUACGAGAACCGGCUGACCCAGGAGGACACGGUGCCCGAGAGUGGCCGUGCCCUGGACAGCAAGAGGCAGGAGCUGGCGGCCAUGGCCUCCGAGCUGCAGGCCCAGAAAUCCCUGCUCAGUGAGGUGGAGCAGAACCUGCAGGCAGCCAAGCAGUGCUCUAGCUCCCUGGCCAGCCGCUUCCAGGAGCACUGCCCUGACCUAGAGCGCCAGGAGGCCGAGGUGCACAAGUUAGGCCAGCGCUUCGACAACCUCCGCCAGCAGGCUGAGCUCAGGGCCCAGAGCCUGCGGAGUGCCAGGGCUGCUUAUGACGACUACUGCAGUGGCUACAACCAUGUGCUCCAGUUCUUGUCCAACAUCCCCAGCUAUGAGCCCCAGGAAACAGACAGCCUCAGCCAGAUGGAGACCAAGCUGAAGAAUCAGAAAAACCUGCUAGAUGAAAUAGCAAGAAGGGAACAGGAAGUACAGAAAGUCUGCGCUCAUUCCCAGCAAUACCAGCAAGCUGUCAAGGACUAUGAGUUAGAAGCAGAGAAGCUAAGGUCCCUUCUUGACUUGGAGAAUGGAAGGAGCAGCCACGUGAGCAAGAGAGCCAGGCUCCAGUCCCCUGCUGCCAAAGUGAGGGAAGAGGAAGCGGCUCUCGCUGCCAAGUUCACUGAAGUUAACGCCGUCAACAGACAGAGGCUGCAGAACCUGGAGUUUGCUCUGAAUCUGCUGAGACAGCAGCCAGAGAUAGGAGUGACCCAUGAGACCCAGCAAGGGAACAAGCUGGGCUCCGGAGUAGAGGAGACGUGGAAGAUUCAGAAGGAACUGGAUGAGGAGACUGAGCGGAGGCAGCAGCUGGAGAAUGAGGUCAGGAGUGCCCAGGAAGAAAUCCAGAUUCUGCAGAAUCAGAAUCCCCAGGAAGCAGUGGUAAGGAAGGAGGUGCUGAAGAAGGUUCCAGACCCUGAACUUGAGGAGAGCUUCCAGCAGAUGCAGCGGACCCUGACAGAGGAGCAGCACAAAAACCAGCUGCUCCAGGAGGAGCUGGAGGCGCUGCAGCUGCGGCUACGUGCCCUGGAGCAGGAGACCAGGAAUGGGGGACAGGAGUAUAUAGUCAAAGAGGUCCUGCGCAUUGAGCCAGACAGAUCCCAGGCAGAUGAGGUCCUGAAACUGAGGGAGGAGCUGGAGGAGCUGAGGCGGCAGAAGGGCACCCGGGAAGCAGAGGCGGUCCUCCUGCAGCAGCGCAUUGCAGCCCUGGCUGAGGAGAAGAGCCAUGCACGGGAGAAGGUCACUGAGAAGGAGGUGGUGAAACUGCAGAAUGACCCCCAGCUGGAGGCCGAAUACCGGCAGCUGCAGGAGGACCAGCAGAGGGAGAGCAAGCGCAGGGAGAAGCAGGAGGAGGAGCUGAGCUUCCUGCAGGACAAGCUGAAGAGACUAGAGAAGGAGAGAGCCAUGGCUGAGGGGAAGGUCACCGUCAAGGAGGUGCUCAAGGUGGAAAAGGACAUGGCAGCUGAGAGGGAGGCUGGCGACCUAAAACGCCAGUAUGAGGAUGAGGCUGCCAAGGCUCGAGCCCACCAGAGGGAGAAGAGUGAGCUGCUCCGAAAGAUUUGGGCCUUGGAAGAGGAAAACGCCAAAGUGGUGGUACAGGAGAAGGUGCGGGAGAUCGUCCGGCCAGACCCCAAGGCAGAGAGUGAAGUGGCCAACCUCCGCCUGGAACUUGUGGAGCAGGAGCGCAAGUACCGGGGUGCCGAGGAACAGCUCAAGAGCUACCAGGGCGAGCUGGAGGCACUGAGGAGGCGGGGUCCCCAGGUGGAAGUCAAAGAAGUGACAAAAGAAGUCAUUAAGUAUAAGACUGACCCUGAGAUGGAGAAAGAGCUUCAGAGGCUCCGGGAGGAGAUUGUGGACAAGACCAGACUCAUUGAAAGGUGUGAUUUAGAGAUCUACCAGCUGAAGCAAGAGAUUCAGUCCCUGAAAGACACUAAACCCCAGGUACAGACCAAGGAGGUAGUCCAGGAGAUCCUCCAGUUCCAGGAAGACCCCCAAACCAAAGAGGAAGUAGAGUCAUUGAGGGCCAGACUAUCAGAGGAACAGAAAAAGCAAGUGGAUCUGGAAAGGGAGAGGGCUUCCCAACAGGAGAAAAUCAAACAGAAGGAGGAGGAGCUUUCCCAGGUGAAAGAAAAGGUGGUCCAACAGGAGGUCGUCAGGUAUGAGGAGGAGCCAGGCUUGCGAGCUGAAGUGGAUGCCUUCACGGAGAGCAUUGACGUGGAGCUCCGGCAGAUUGACCACCUCCGAGGGGAGCUGAGGCGGCUACAGCGUAGACGGGCGGAGCUGGAGCGCCAGCUGGAAGAGCUGGAGCGUGAGCGGCAGGCUCGCAGAGAGGCAGAGCUGGAGGUACAGCGGCUAAAGCAACGGCUUGCUGACCUGGAGAAGGAGGAGGGGGAAGCCCGAGAGAAAGUGACCCUCAAGCAGAAAGUGGUGCUGCAGCAGGACCCCCAGCAGGCCCGGGAGCACUCCCUACUCAAACUCCAGCUGGAGGAAGAAAGGCACCGGCGGCAGGUCCUGGAGAGCGAGCUUGAAACCCUGAAGCAGCAGCUCCUCAACCUGGAGAAAAUGGAGGUCAAGGAAAAGGUGGUCUUCUCAGAAAGCAUCCAGGUGGAGAAAGGUGACACUGAACAAGAAAUUCAGAAGCUUAAGAGCAGCCUGGAGGAGGAGAGCCGGGGCAAGAGAGAACUGGACGCGGAGGUGAGCCGGCUGGAAGCCAAGCUGUCAGAGCUGGAGUUCCACAACUCCAAGUCAUCCAAAGAGCUGGACUUUCUUAGAGAAGAAAACCACAAACUACAGCUAGAGCGGCAAAACCUGGAGCUGGAGACCCGGAGGCUGCAAUCAGAAAUUGAAAUGGCAGCAAUGGAAACACGAGACCUAAGAAACAUGACCACAGUGGACUCUGGGACAAACCUCGACUCCAAACUGUGGUCCCUGGAGAGAGAACUGGAAGACCUCAAGAGACUCUCCAAAGACAAAGAUCUUGAGAUCGAUGAACUGCAGAAGCGCCUGGGCUCCGUGGCCGUCAAGAGGGAGCAGAGGGAGAACCAUCUGCGGCGCUCUAUCGUGGUCAUCGACCCUGACACAGGCCGGGAGCUGUCCCCAGAAGAAGCCCAUCGGGCUGGCCUCAUAGACUGGAACAUGUUUGUGAAACUCAGAAGUCAGGAGUGUGACUGGGAGGAAAUAUCAGUCAAGGGUCCCAAUGGGGAGUCUUCUGUAAUCCAUGACAGGAAGUCUGGCAAGAAGUUCUCCAUUGAAGAGGCCUUACAGAACGGAAGGCUGACAACUGCUCAGUAUGACCGCUAUGUCAACAAGGAUAUGUCCAUCCAAGAGCUUGCUGUCUUGGUGUCUGGACAGAAGUAGGCACAGGCUUGCCUUUGGUCUUCUUGGAAGUUGACACUGGCUCUCUCCUACCCUACAACCUACCCCUAGUGUCUUCUCCCUGGCCCUGUGCAGGCUCCUAGUCCAUGAGGAGCUUAGUGUGCCACCCACACCCUCUCUGCCAAACUACUCGGUGCAGCUCAUGUACAAGAGGAAUGGGCACUGGCUGCACCAUCAUUCAACCCAGGUGAGAGACCUGCUUCAUCCUCCAAUGAUUCAAAAUCACAAAGCCCUUCUUUUCUCUCCCUCUUCCUUACACACUCCUAUCAACAGACCCUUUGUGUGACACCUGGAAGCAAUCUGAAUACUACUAAAGCACAAGACAACUGAUGCAGACAAGCCACUCCAUGCAGCACUGGCCUUUGCACACCAUUUGGAGAAACUCUUUCCCCACACCCUUCCAUUCAUCAAAGGACUGGGUCCCUUGGGACUGCCAACCUGCACUCACACCCCUCCAAGAGUUUGGCUGACAGCCUACUUUCCAUCAGACUUCUAAUGGUGAGACAGAUCCGGGAUCUGUGCCAGAGAGGAUGCAAAGAAACCAGCACAGUGUCUGGCCCUCUAUUAGCCAGACUAUCCCAGAAAAAUGCACCAUUAGAGACUGUUCUCUGGUUCUGAAAUUAAAGUGGUUUCACAGUGGACUGUGUUGCUGGUAGCCUUAGCUUCAGUGCCUUACAGAUCUUGCUUAUUCUCUAACUGGUACAUAGGUGUGCUACAUAGUUGAUUUUUUACCAAACAAAUUUCGGGUUCUCUGUAUCUGUAUUACGUAAGAAAAUGGAAAGUAAUAGGGAACUCCACUUAUAGCACAAAAAUAAACACCUGGUGGCUUGACUCUAA